CGAUUGGUUCGUACGACCCCUCUCUCGGAGUCACAAACUCUCGAAAAUUUUGUCUAUUCGAACAUGAUGAACGCGUUGCCCAACAAAUGUGAACACGUUCACUUCUUCUUUAAAAAAGGGACGGAGGAGAUUGGACGUUCGGUUAAUUAUGUGCUUGUGAACCAUGCGGGACAUAUUUAA